GACAGCUUUCGCCAACCGCCCAACUCGCGAACUCAACGGACCGUCGCAAUGGCCUCGACUGCUACCACCGUCCCUACUCAGGACCAGGUCCUCGUCCCCGAGACCCUCCUUAAGAAGCGCAAGAGCCAGGAGCAGGCUCGCGCUGCUGCCCGUGAGGAGGCCGCCAAGAAGAAGGCCGCCAACAAGGAGAAGCGUGCCGUCAUCUUCAAGCGCGCCGAGUCUUACGUUCAGGAGUAUCGCAAUGCUGAGCGCGAGAAGAUCCGCCUGGCCCGCGUUGCUCGCCAGGAGGGUAACUUCUACGUUCCUGAGGAGCCCAAGCUGAUCUUCGUUGUCCGUAUCAAGGGUAUCAACAAGAUCGCUCCUCAGCCCCGCAAAAUCCUCCAGCUCCUCCGUCUCCUCCAGAUCAACAACGGUACCUUCGUCAAGCUCACCAAGGCCACCCAGGAGAUGCUCACCAUCAUCAACCCUUACGUUGCCUACGGUUACCCCAACCUCAAGUCUGUCCGUGAGCUCAUCUACAAGCGCGGCUACGGAAAGAUUGACAAGCAGCGCGUCGCUCUUACCGACAACCAGAUCAUUGAGGAGCACCUUGGCAAGUACGGCAUCGUCUGCAUGGAGGAUCUGAUCCACGAGAUCUACACUGUCGGACCCAACUUCAAGCAGGCCAACAACUUCCUCUGGCCCUUCAAGCUCUCCAACCCCACUGGUGGAUUCCGCACUCGCAAGUUCAAGCACUACAUCCAGGGCGGUGACACUGGUAACCGUGAGGAGAACAUCAACGCCCUCAUCCGCCAGAUGAACUAGAUUGUUCUCGGGAGAGGUGCCGUGUCGGGGUCUGGAUUACUGGCGCAUGUCGGUAUAAUGGUCUGAUUUCCGAGUUGAAAAUACAAAAGCUUCUAGCCUUCAUGAUUGUCCACGUUAUACCCUUCAGCGUUGAAUUGUAGUGUUUUGCUC